GUGGCUACAGGCAAGAUGAAUCCAGGUGAGCAACAGCAGGAAGGAGUCACGUUUGAGGAAGCUCUUCAAGUCACAGGAAGUUUCGGCCUGUACCAGAAGAGACUGGUGUGUCUGAUAUGUCUGACAAAUGCUCUCGUCAUGGUACAUAAUGUGUCCCCCGUCUUUACGAUGAAGAUUCCAAAACACAGGUGCCAGAUCCCAGGCUACCCAAACGACACGUACGAUAUUCAAAGCGAACUUCACGCACAGCUCAUUAGUCAGGCCAUUCCCAUCAAUAGCAAGGGCGACUACUCUAAAUGUACGGUGUAUGAUGCAGACGACAACAACGAUACAGUGCAGUACAAUGGGAGCACGAGAGCUUGCAGUGAAUGGGUGUAUGACAGGUCGGAGUUCCUCUUUACCUUUGUCACUCAACUGAACCUGGUCUGCGACUAUCAGAUAUAUCGUUCUCACUCAACCAUGGCCGUUUCAGCAGGAAAGUUCGUUGGCGCCCUAAUCACCAGUGCACUUGGCGACUACUUUGGCAGGCGUCGUGUCUACUCGGUUGUAGUGAUUGUUCUGGCAGCAUCUGCAAUCGGCCUUGUAUUCCCAUCUAGUCUUGCCAUUCUGGUCGUCUUCAGAUUUCUUAUUGGCGCCUCAACCACAGGAGCAUAUCUGUGCUGUUUUGUCAUAGGCACAGAACUAGUAGGACCAAAAGAGCGCAGAUGGUUUUCAACCGCCGUUUCACUGGCUGGAGCCUUAGGCUCUCUAGUAGCUGUGAUGAUAGCGUACCUCACUAGGAACGCCCAGUAUUUUCAAGCUGGCAUUGCAGUACCAAGUCUACCAGUUAUCAUCGCUUAUUUUUUCAUUCCCGAGUCUCCAAGAUGGCUGAUGACAAAAGGUCGACACGAGGAAGCACAAAAAAUCAUCAACGUCAUCGCCAGGCCUGACGAGAGGGGGGGACAGGGGGGUCUGGUGUACCCGGGCCCGCGGCUGUCAAGGGGGCCCGGCCUUGUACAAGGGGCCCGGAGAGGUCUGUCCCGGGGCCCGGGCUGGCUCUCGGCGGCCCUGGUCAUCGCACGCGUCAAUGGCAAAUCAGCGCCCCCUACAAUUUUAAUGACUGACAACUCUGAAUCAAAAAAUCGAAAGAAAAUGGCGGCCAAUCCUGUGGCUCUGUUUCGUAUUCCUCGACUGUUUGUGCGCUACAGUCUUCUGUAUUUAAGCUGGAUCCUCAUCAUCAUGUGUAUGUAUGGCCUGAUGUUCAACGUGUCCAACAUGACUGGCAGCGUGUUUCUGAACUCCACUAUCAUGUGUCUGGUCGACCUCGUCAGUGUUGGUGUCUUCGUUGGCCUCGUUGACCGGUUGGGCAGGCGGUGUUUGCUCAUAGCAUCCUCUGGUGUUGGUGGCGUGGCCUGCCUGGCCACAGCUCUACCUGUUGCUCUGGGUGGAAAUAGCUGGAUCUCUCGUGGCCUGUCGUUCUUCGGACGUCUGUGUUUAUCGUGUUCCUUCAGCACUCUGUACAUCAUGUCGCCGGAGCUGUUCCCUACAGUGCUCCGCAGUUUCGGACUCGGCUCUUCGUCCAUGAUGGCUCGCCUUGGUUCUUUCGCGUCGCCAUAUAUCGCUGAUCUGUGUACCACCUCUCCUUCUAAAGUCAGACCUGUGCACAAUAUCACGAGAUACUUGGCUACAGGCAGGAUGAAUCGUGAGCAACAACAGCAAGGAGUCACCUUUGAGGAAGCUCUUCAAGUCACUGGAAGUUUCGGCCUGUACCAGAAGAGACUGGUGUGUCUGAUCAGUCUGACAAGCGCUCUUGUCUUCAUGCAUAAUAUGUCCCCCGUCUUUACGAUGAGGAUUCCAAAACACAGGUGCCAGAUCCCAGGCUACCCAAACGACACGUACGAUAUUCAAAGCGAACUUCACGCACAGCUCAUUCGUCAGGCCAUUCCCAUCAAUAGCAAGGGUGACUACUCUAAAUGUACGGUGUAUGAUGCAGACGACAACAACGAUACAGUCCAGUACAAUGGGAGCACGAGAGCUUGCAGUGAAUGGGUGUAUGACAGAUCGGAGUUCUCCUCUACCUUUGUCACACAACUCAACCUAGUCUGCGACUCUCAGAUAUAUCGUUCUCACUCAACCAUGGCCGUUUCGGCAGGAAAAUUCUUUGGCGCCCUAAUCACCAGUGCACUUGGCGACUACUUUGGCAGGCGCCGUGUCUACUCGGUAACUGUGGUUGUUCUGGCAGCAUCUGCCGUUGGCCUUGUAUUCCCAUCUAGUCUUGCCAUUCUAAUCGUCUUCAGAUUUCUCAUUGGCGCCGCAACCACAGGAGCAUAUCUGUGCUGUUUUGUUAUAGGCACAGAGCUAGUAGGACCAAAAGAGCGAAAAUGGUUUUCAACCGCAUUUUCAGUGGUUGGAUCCUUCGGAUAUUUGGUAGCUGUGUUGAUAGCGUACCUCGCUAGGAAUGCCCAGUACUUUCAAGCUGGUCUUGCAGUACCAAGUCUACCAGUUAUCAUCGGUUAUUUUUUUAUCCCCGAGUCCCCAAGAUGGCUGAUGUCUAAAGGUCGACACGAGGAAGCACAAAAAAUCAUCAACGUCAUCGCACGCGUCAAUGGCAAAUCAGCGCCCCCUACAAUUUUAGCGAUUGACAACUCUGACUUACAAGAGCGAAAGAAAAUGGCGGUUACUCCUGUGGCUCUCUUUCGUAUUCCUCGACUGUUCGUGCGCUACAGUCUUCUGUAUUUAAGCUGGAUCCUCAUCGUCAUGUGUAUGUAUGGCCUGAUGUUCAACGUGUCCAACAUGGGCGGCAGCGUCUUCCUGAACUCCACUAUCAUGUGUCUCGUCGACCUCGUCAGUGUUGGUGCCUUCGUUGGCCUCGUUGACCGGUUGGGCAGGCGGUGUUUGCUCAUAGCAUCCUCUGGUGUUGGUGGUGUGGCCUGCCUAGCCACAGCUCUACCUGUUGUUUUGGGUGGAAAUAGCUGGAUCUUGCGCUGCCUGUCGUUCUUCGGACGUCUGUGUUUAUCGUGUUCCUUCGGGCUUCUGUACAUCAUGUCACCGGAGCUGUUCCCUACAGUGCUCCGCAGCUUUGGACUUGGCUCUUCGUCCAUGAUGGCUCGCCUUGGUUCUCUGGGCUCACCAUAUAUCGCUGAUCUGAAUAUCUUGAUAUCUGGGGUAUGGGGACCAGCACUACCCCAGAUUGUGUUCGGCGCGGCCGGUAUACUGACAGCUGUCAUGGCCUUGGUGCAGCCAGAGACCAAAGGUCGAAGUCUGCCUGAGACGGUGAAAGAGGCUGCUGAAUUCGGCAGACAGAUGGCGGACCUUAAGGAGGAAGACACCCCAAAGGUCAAAUUUGAAGAAGUUCUUCUGGCACUGGGAGGGUUAGGGCUCUACCAAAAGAGGCUGCUGUGUCUGGUUUGUCUGACGAGCGCCCUCGUACUCAUGCACAACAUGUCGCCCGUUUUCACCAUGAAAAUCCCAGACCACAGGUGCAAGAUUCCAGGCUACGACAACGACACGUAUGCUAUCCAGGAUGAGUUUCACUUUAUGCUCAUAAACCGGUCUAUUCCCCUCACCAGUACAGGGGACUUCUCUAAAUGCACAGUUUAUGGAGUGAGCAGCAAUCACACGUCCAGUCCACACAACACGACGGAGCGAGAAUGCAGUGAGUGGGUGUACGACCAGUCAGAAUUCUCCUCCACGCUCGUUACCCAGUUAAACCUGGUUUGUGGACGGCAGCUGUUUCGCUCUCAUUCCAACAUGGUUAUUUUUGCUGGAAAAUUCGCCGGUGCUUUUCUCAGUAGCAUGUUUGGAGACUACUUUGGAAGACGCGGAGUUUACACUCUUAUGAUGUUAGUCAUGGCUGGCACUUCCGUUGGCCUGGUGUUCACCUUCAACCUUCCGCUUCUGAUGAUCUUCAGAUUCCUGAUAGGAGCUUCUACCACGGGCUCCUACCUCUGCACUUACGUUAUAGGCAUGGAACUACUGGGAAAAAAACAUCGCAGUUUGGCCUCCACGGCAACUAAUUUGUUUGGAGUGUUUGGCACCAUAGUAGCCACACUAAUAGCCUACUUGACAAGAGACUGGCAGUACUUUCAGGCUGGCCUUGCGGCACUCUGCCUUCCCGUGAUCAUCGGUUACUUCUUCAUCCCCGAGUCCCCCAGAUGGCUGGUGUCCAAGGGCCGACAUAAAGAAGCUCAAAAGACUAUCGAUGCCAUCGCGCGGGUUAAUGGAGUCUCUUUGCCGAAGACUAUGCAAGUGGAACUAUUAAAGGCAAUCGACCAGGCUGUGCCUAAGACUUCUAAAUCCAAAACAGUCAGCCCUCUGGAACUAUUUCGUCGCCCGCGGUUGUUUGUUCGCUACACCCUCGUGUACCUGAGCUGGAUCUUCCUCAUGAUGUGUAUGUACGGUCUGAUGCUCAAUGUGUCCAACAUGAGUGGCGAUGUUUUCCUCAACUUCACUCUCCUUUGCAUCGUGGACCUCUUGAGUGUUGGCUUCUUCGCGCUUCUUGUUGACCGGGCGGGGAGGCGUAUUCUGUUGGUCGGAGUUACCGCCCUGGGAGGGGUUGCUUGCACGGCCACCAUUCUGCCAGUUUUACUAGGUGGAAGCAGCUGGAUCUUAAGAGGCCUGUCACUAGCUGGGCGCUUCUGCAUCAGGUCUGCCAUAACUACCAUGUACAUCAUGUCACCGGAACUGUUCCCCACAGUGUUCCGCAGUUUCGGACUGGGCUCGUGCUCCAUGAUGUCUCGACUAGGAGCCCUGGCAUCACCUUACGUUGCUGACUUGAAUACAUUUAUAACUGGGGGAUGGGGCCCAGCCCUCCCACAGAUUGUGUUUGGAGUGACUGGCCUCGUGACCAGCUUCAUGGCCUUAUUCCAGCCGGAGACUAAGGGUCGAAACCUGCCUGAGACUGUCGAUGAUGCUGACCGGUUUGGCAGGAAACCUGAAGAUACGUCGACUUCACCGGAGGAUGAAGAACUGAUGAGACUGCCUCCAGCGAAAGUAAGCAGUUGAAAAAAAAAAAACAAUAUAUAAUACCUCAACAAACA